ACAGCAAGGGAGAGUUCUGGGGAGGGUUUAUUAAAAAAAACCCAAAACCCUUAAACAACAAUAAGUUUCAUGUAGAUGUUAAACAACAUCAGAGACAAUACGGAGCCCUGAGGGACACCAUCUGGUAUCUGCCUGAAAGAGCUGAAUAAACCUCUGGGAAGACCAUGGAUAAGCAGAGAAUGCCUGCUAAAGGCAGAAAGUUUGGGUCAAGUCGCCGGAAGCAAAUGAGAGGUGCAGGGGGAGAUGUGCAGAUAUCUGCAGCCUCGAAGGAAGAGCCAUUAUCUUCUGAAAUCAUGGAAAUGGUUCAGGAUGUCUUCCAGGAACUUGAUGAAAACAAGAAGGGUUUUAUUACACGUGCUGAUAUGCAGAAAGUGGGGGUAGACUUGCCUUGGAGCGCAGAAGAGCUGGAGCUCAUCUUUGAUGGCCUUGAUUCUGACAGUGAUGGCUACUUAACCAUUGAAGAGUUCACUACAGGACUCAGACAUUUUCUGAGCUCACAGAGUGUGACAAGAGAGCACCGGAAGAGGAAGACAACUUCGAAAAGGUCUUCUGCCAACCUGUCCGUGAAGGAAGCUGAUAAUGAGGAGCAAAAAUGCUUUGAGGCCUUCAUUAACCAACUGGGAGCUGACAAUAUAUUUGAAGACAAGUCGGAAAUUUGGAAGAUUUGGGUGCAGCUCCGACAGGAUGAACCACAUCUGCUGGGAGACCUGAAGGGAUUCUUGGCUAAGAUGACACACUUGAUCAAGGAAGCUAAGCAUGCAAAAGAGACAUUACAGCUGAUGCUGAAAAUACGAGUGGCUGGGCACAACCAGGAGGUGCAAGGGCUCUAUGAGGAAAUGGAACAGCAAAUCAAGAGGGAGAAGCAACGGCUGCAGCGUGAGAGUGAAACCCGAAGCCAGUUCCAAAGCAUGGAGAUUCAGGAAAUGUUGGAUGUCAAGGAAAGGGAAAUACAGGAUUUCCUAGCUGUUCAAAAAGAGCUUGAGACCCAGUUCCUCAGCCUCAGGGAAAAGCAGCACAUGGCCAGUACCCAAAACCAGGAGCUCAAGCAAACCAACAUCGCCCUCGAGAAUCAGCUUCAGAAAACCCUCCAUCAGCUUCAAGAGACUCAAAGGCAUUUGGAUGACCUGAAGAGCAGAGUAUCCCAGAUACGCGAAGAGGGCAGGGAUAGAUCACUGGAGGACAUCUCUGGCAAGACGCCUCAAAGUCCACAGGACCCUCUGAAUGAACAUGAGACGAUCUGUUCUGAACUGGAGAUGAUCUUUGGAUACUAUCCAAGUGAGGAUACACUGGACAGUUCGCCUCAACAGGCAACCGAUGAUGUGGCAUCAAUUACUGAAGCUGACUCAGAGUCCAGAACAAGAGUGAUUUCCAUUGAAGAGGAUUCUUUGGAAGAGUCUUUUGUUGAAGAACAAUAUUUCCUACCGGAGGCUUUGAAGCGAAGCUCUUUGCUCAAAGAGCUGGAUGAUGCUAUAAAAGCAUUGAACAAGGUGACUGAACCUCACAAACAACAAAUACAAAACCUUGGCUCUCAAGGACAAGAGCCCUCACCCCAAAUUAAACAAAAUGAAAAUUCUCAGCAAAGUAUCGUGCAGGAAGCAAUGACACAAUUUGAAGCUCUCUUGAGAAAUGGUGGUCCACAGAAGGCAAUUUCAGAAACUCUUAUUGGCCAGGCUUCAUCACAAGGAGAGAUUCUUUUAAAAGGAGGAACAGCUCUCAUGCAGGCCAAUGCUCCGGAGAUAAAGGAAAAAACCACUUUUGAGUCAAGAGUGAAAAUUAAAACACUUGAACCAGUGCAGAGAGGAGGUCUUGCUCCUAAGCUUCAGUCUCCUGUUUCUUCAGAAUUGGCCACACAAGUCAGUCAAUAUAAGAAAGGCCCUAUCCAAGAGGACAGCCUAAUUUUAGGGCAGAUAAUCCAACCUGAAAUUCAUAAUCAUAAGCAAGUUUUAAAGUGCAGAGAUAUCAUCCGGACUCAGGGACUGCCUGCUGAUUCUGAGAAGGGAACAGUAGAGAAAAUACCUUUGGAAAAGAAAAUACCAGAUCAGAAGAUACCGGACAUGCGACACCUAACAGUGGAAGAAAUGCUGCCAGCUCAUUUUUCAGCUAGGGUAGUUCUGCCCAUAGAAGAUGAGUCAAAGACAUUGUUCUUCCACAGCAGCCAAUUAGAAAACAUGCCCGAGCCUGAGAAGCAGGCACAAACCACCACAGCUACAGAAAUAUUGUUGUCAGAAGUUAGAAGAGAAAGAGACAUUAAUAUGUCCAAGUGCACGGAGAUUCAAGAGGUCGGGGCAGAAAUGAAUGAGGAAACAAGGGCCAAAUCAGAGGAUCAAGUACAUGUAGGAGACAAAGACACUUGUAAAGGCACCACAGAUGUCUGCCUUCAUCCAGAUCACUUGUAUAAUGUGCUCUUUGUAGGGGCCUCUAAUGUUGGCAAAACAUCCUUUCUGUACCGGUUAAAAGAUGAUUCCUUUUGUGCAAAUAUGAAUGCUACAAUAGGAAUUGACUACUGCAUCACAAACCUCAUUGUGGAUAGCAAGUGCUUUGCUUUACGACUGUGGGACACGGCUGGCCAAGAAAGGUUCCACAGUGUCACCAAGCAGUUCUUCCGAAAGGCUGAUGGAGUGGUACUGAUGUAUGACGUCACCUCAGAACAUACUUUUGCAGAUGUGCGUUACUGGCUGAGCUGUAUCCAGGAAGGAGCAGGAAAUGGAGUCACCAUCCUUUUGCUUGGUAACAAAAUAGACUGUGCUGCAGAAAGAAGAGUAUCUCUAGAGGACGGAGCAUGCUUGGCCAGGGAAUAUGGACUCUCAUUUUAUGAAUGCAGUGCUGCUUCAGGUCAUAAUGUUUCUGAAUCCAUGGCCACACUAGUCAGGUUGCUGAAGGCUCAUGAAGAUGAAUCAAAACAGGAGGUUCUGGAAUUACCUUUGCCACCAAAAAAGAAAAGAGGAUGCUGUUCGUGAUCAAAAUACAGAGGCGCUGGAACAUGAGGUUUUAAGAGCUAAAUCGUUUUUAGCAGAUUUAGCUGUGUGGAGACAAAUAGAUUUGAUCAUCAUGGUCAAUGUUCCUUCUCUUCUGUUCUGUCCCAGUACAGAACUCUUAAAGACUCCCCUCCCCAUAAAGCAUCACUCAUUCCUAUUUAGUGCUUGAUCUUCAGUGACUCUCUUUCUGGGGCUCACAGACACUUUGCUGCUACCAUUUCCUCCUGUAUUUUUCUCUGCACCAAACUCUUUCCAGUCUCCCUCGGUCACAGCAUGUGGUUGGUAAAGACCGGGGGAGAGGAGAACAGAUCUCCCGUUAUUCUAUAGGCAGAGGUUCCCAACCUAGGUUCCGUAGAUGUUGUUCAGCUCCCAUCAUCCAUGGUGGCUGUGUAUGCUAUGCGUUGUAGUCCAAAAACAUCUGGGUACCCAAAAUUGGGAACUCCUGCUAAAGAGUUUUGAGGAGCCUCCAUAAUUUCAGCUGGAUUGUGGAACCCUUAAUAUCUGGAACACCAUUUCUGUUUGUAGCUUAUUAUUUAUUUAUUUUUAAUCUUGCAUAUAAUAUCAACCGUUUGGCAUUUACCAGUCCAUUGCUCGCAAACAUACGAUGCUAGCAAACAUAUGAUGGGAAUAAGAGUUCAGUAUACUAUAAAUAUAAUCUAUUUGGUUAAUUGUCAUGGUUUCCACCUCAUCAUCGUGCACAUGGACAUGUGAUUAAUAAUGGUUAUCAGUUGGGUCACUGGCUGAAGUACACUUUCAAAGACAUCUGUUGAUUAUGAUCAGGGUCAUAAUGGAAUAAAAUUUGUGGUGCUUCAUGGGGAACUUGCAUUAUUUAUUUUCCACUAACCAUGAGACAUUCAUCCUAAAUAUGUAGAGAGAUUCCCAUGCUGGAGCUCCACCACAUGGUCUUUCCGCUUCCAUAAACAGUGAGCCCACUUGUGUGUACAGAAAUGCCUUAUUGAAUUACAGCUGUUAUGUAGACGUAAGCUUAGUGGAAACCAAUCUAAUGCAUCUAUUCUAAGACUAUAGUGUGAAAUAAGACAAGGUAUGUAUGUCACUGUCAAAUAGGACAAAAGGUUAAUAACCCCUAAAAGCUUCAACAUCUUCAUGUUACUAUUCAUCUCUAAAUAAAAUAGCCCAGGAAAGGUUGGUGAUGCAAAGUAGUCCUCUCCCUGGGCUAGUUAUGGACAAGAUUACAACCACAGAGUUUUUUGAUUUCAUUCCAUAAAAUCUGGAAUAGGUCUACAGAUUAGAAUCCAGAGCUGUUGUACUGGUGGCGUAGGAGGAGGAAUCUGGGGAAAGGCAACAUUUUAAAUGUAUGAAAAAGAAACCAAUCAUUGAACAAUUUUAUCUGGAGUAGAGAAGAAACCAAGGGCAUUAAAAUACCAAUCAAACAUGCACUCACCAAAGACACACAUUACUGCACAGUUCUGUUUUUCUUGAGGUUCCAACUUUUUAAAAUAACAAAUUUACCUUUCUCUGUAUUUCUUGCAUAAAAGGUUUAUUGGUUAAAGGAAAUAAAUACCCAUCUAUAUGUUAAAUAAGAUAAAUCCCCAAAUAUAUAUGAGGACAGAAAUCCCAGGCUGAUAUGACUCGCAGCUCUCCGUUGAUGUUAGGGACCCACUGAGGCUGCUGCACAAUUUGAAAGGGUGUCAUAUUGUAUCAUGGAGCCGCUGUGGAAUGACUUAAAACGCCUUCCUGGCAGCAACAU